AGUUUCCUUGCCUCUUGACGAGCGGUGCAGCCAGCUCCUUCUCCUCGUCAUUCCUUCCCACCGCGGGAAAACACGACCAUACAAAACUCCUCCUCCUCCACCCUCCAUCGUUCGAACCGCCGCAUCGCUUGUCCUCCUCCCACCACCGGAAAACACAUUUCCUUGAUCCUAACCCCCGAUCGCGAUGCGAUCGCGGUCGCGGUCGUGUUCAGAGAUGUCCAUAUCGCUGUCGGCAUCGUCAUCGUCGGUUGAGCGGGAGGCGCUGCGCUUGCCGCGCUCACCGCCGGCUGCGCCGCCGGCGCUGGUCGGGGCUCUGAUUGAGUCGCUCUCGUUCCGGAGCUGCGGAUUCGGUCGCGCCGCGUCCUCGGCGUUUGAGAAGGAGGACCUACGCCUCCGGGUCGCGCUGCCGCAACGCCUCCGUGACGCUCUGCACGCUUCGCUGAAGGCGAGGGACCCGUCGGCAGGCGCCUUCGCGUUGGUGGAAGCCCCAGGGAUCGGCACCGCGGCCAACCCCUGGUUCGCGCUCGCGCCCGAGGACGCCCCCGAGAACCCCCUGGUGGCGUUCGUCAACCCGCGCAGCGGCGGCCGCCUGGGCCCCGUCCUGAAGUCCCGCCUACAGGAGCUCCUUGGCGAAGACCAGGUUUUCGAUAUAACGGUCGUGAAGCCAUCUGAAUUUGUGGAAUAUGGAUUGGGUUGUUUGGAGCAACUUGCUAAUUCUGGGGAUCAUAGUGCAAGAUCAGUUCGCAAUAACCUGAGAGUCAUGGGUGCUUCAUUUCCUUUCUCAUGGAAAGCAGCUGCUAAACGAUCUCUCUACAAGGCUAUUUUGGGCACAGUUUCAUGUUUAGACAGUUGGCACAUCGUUGUUUCUAUGCCAGAAGAAGGAGAAGAACAACAAGAACUGGAUCUUCCCCACUCCCUUAGGCACCUCGGAGAGUGUACAUUUUAUGAUGAUGGCACUGCUGAGGGAGAGUUGGCGGAGACAGUUUGUUGUUUUGACGGCGUGUUCUACAAUUACUUUAGCAUAGGGAUGGAUGCUCAAGUGGCUUAUGGAUUUCAUCAACUACGUGAUGAAAAGCCAUUCCUUGCAAGUGGUCCUUUAUCUAAUAAGUUAAUUUACGCAGGAUACACCUGCAAGCAAGGGUGGUUCUUUACACAGUGUAUUAGUGAUCCUGAACUACGGGGACUAAAAAACAUUAUCCGUUUAUCAAUAAAGAAGAUGGAUAGUUCUGAGUGGGAGCAUAUCCCUGUACCAUCAAGCGUAAGGGCUAUUGUUGCGUUAAACCUUCACAACUAUGCGAGUGGAAGGAACCCAUGGGGAAAUUUGAAGCCUGAAUACUUGGAAAAGAAAGGAUUUGUCGAAGCCCAGUCAGAUGAUGGACUUCUUGAAAUAUUUGGGUUGAAGCAAGGGUGGCAUGCAUCCCUUGUGAUGGUUGAACUUAUAUCUGCCAAACACAUAGCACAGGCAGCAGCAAUCCGGUUAGAGAUCAAAGGUGGCCAAUGGAGGGAUGCAUACAUGCAAAUGGAUGGGGAGCCAUGGAAGCAACCACUAAGUAGUGAAUAUUCUACAUUCGUUGAUAUCAAGAGAGUGCCUUACCCAUCAGUGAUCAUUAGCGGUGUAGAUCGCUAAUGAGAACCAACGAUUUUGUGCGCUUGCCUAGCUUGACCUGCGAAGAGCAGUUUUCAGCUUCUAUCCUAGAAGCUCUAUUAAUUACAAGCUCAAUCAUGAUCAUCCUUGUGCAAAGUCAUAAAAAUAUAUGAAGCUGUGGACAUAGAAUUUGUACAAAAACGAUAGAAUGUAGACAUGCCACUUCUUUGAUCUGAAUUCUGAACUUAAUAUGGUCCGUACUAAAUGAGGUUGCUAUUGUAAAUUGUUUAGUAAUUCGAGGGUGAUAGUGACAAUUGUGUUGUAAAACUGAGGCUUCA